CCACCAUUUCCCUCUCCACUUCAAUUCCUUCAAUUCUUUGUUGAUAAAUAUCACCUCCCCUUCUCAUUUUCUUCACCCAUUCCACAAUUUUUUCAAUCAAUCUUUUCCAAAAAUGCAUUCCCAAACCUCACAAUCUCCAACAAAACAUGAUCACCAACCAACAAACCGCCGGAAGACCGCCGUUAAAACGGCCCUCCUCGCCUUCAAUUCCAUCUUGAUGUCCAUCGGCAACUGCGGCGGCCCUCUGAUACUCCGCCUCUACUUCAUCCACGGCGGCAACCGCGUCUGGCUCUCCAGUUGUCUCUUCACCGCCGGUUUUCCCAUCAUCCUCCUCCCAUUGGCCAUCGGUUACAUCCAUCGCUGCCGCAGCACCCCCGCCGGAAACAGAACAAAGUUGAUUUUCAUGAGAGAGCCGCUUUUGUUCUUUGGUUCCGCCGUAAUCGGCCUUCUCACGGGACUUGACAAUUACCUGUUCUCUUACGGCAUGGCCCGGCUGCCAGUUUCAACGUCUUCGUUGAUAAUUGCGUCGCAGUUGGCGUUCACGGCGGGGUUCGCGUUUUUGCUGGUGAAACAGAGGUUCACGAGCUACACAGUAAACGCGGUGGUUUUAUUGACGAUUGGAGGGGCAAUUUUGGCAUUGCACUCGAGUGGAGACCGGCCGGCGGGAGAAUCGAAUAAAGAGUAUAUAGCAGGAUUCUUGAUGACGUUGGGGGCGGCGGUGCUGUAUGGAUUUAUAUUGCCGCUGAUCGAAUUGAUGUACAAGAAAACGAAACAGAGUCUUACAUAUACUUUGAUAUUGGAAAUUCAGUUGGUGAUGGCUUUAUUUGGGACGAUUCUUUGCACCAUUGGAAUGAUAAUCGACAAUGAUUUCCAGGCAAUACAAAGAGAGGGAAGAGAAUUUGGACUUGGAAAUACAAAAUACUACGUGGUAUUAGUGAUGAGCGCCAUAAUAUGGCAAUGUUUCUUCGUGGGAGCGGUGGGAGUUAUUUUCUACUCGUCGUCGCUAUUUUCAGGUAUAGUAAUUGCACUGUUAUUGCCGGCGGUGGAAAUUCUGGCCGUCAUCUUUUUCCGGGAGAAGUUUCAGGCGGAAAAAGGAGUGUCUUUGGCUUUAAACCUAUGGGGAUUUGUGUCAUAUUUUUAUGGGGAGAUUAAGCAAAGCAAGAAGAUGAAGUUAAUAGAGCUACAAAAAACUCAAGAAAUAACAACCACCAUUCAAAAUGUUUGAAGAUUCUUAUUCCCUCAGUUGAGGUCAUUCUAGUCAUUACAUUUCUGUCAAUGUCAGAUACUAUUAUUAUUAUUAUUACAAGAGCUUUGAUUUGAACUUUCCACUAAAAUAUGUUCUGAAGAAAAAAUCCAAAAGAAAAAAAGUUCACUAAAAUACAACAAGGACGUAUCUUUUUUCC